UCCCGGCGUGUUGUUCGCGCAGCUCUUCUGCUUCUCUUUUUGCAACGUCAACACGGUCUUUUCAGCUAGCAGCCAUGGCUUCCGGGACUUUGUACACCUAUCCCGAAAAUACUCGGGCAUACAAGAUCCAGAUCGCUGCUGGUUACAGCGGUACACAGCUGACCGUUGUGCAGGACCCACCGGCUUUCAAGCUUGGCGAGACCAACAAGUCAGCCGAGUUCCUGAAGAAAUUCCCGUUGGGAAAGGUCCCAGCCUUUGAGAAUGGAAGUGGAACAACAUUGUUUGAGAGUAAUGCUAUUGCAUACUAUGUGAGCAAUGAACAGCUGAGGGGUACUGAUGAUUUGUCAAGAGCUCAGGUUCAGAUGUUUGUCAACCUAGCUGAUAACGAGAUUGAGCCGGCUGCCAGCACAUGGGUUUUCCCAACAUUGGGUGUAGUACAGUACAACAAACAGCAAACAGAGAAGGCAAAGGAGUCAUUGAAAGCUGUUCUUAGUUUCCUCAACGAGUACCUCAAGACAAGGACAUUCCUGGUUGGUGAAAGGGUCACCCUUGCUGAUAUCAGUGUAGGAUGUCAGCUACUCCUGGCAUACAGACAGGUGUUCGAUGUAAACUAUCGCAAGGCCUUUGUCCAUCUGAAUAGGUGGUUUGUCACAUUCAUCAACCAACCAGAGGUCAAAGCAGUCAUUGGAGAAGUCACACUUUGUGAGAAAAUGGCACAAUUUGAUGCCAAGAAAUAUGCUGAGCUAUCUGGUGGUGGUGGUUCCGGUAAGAAGGAAAAGAAGCAGAAGGAACAGCCCAAGAAAGCCGAGAAGAAGCCUGAGAAGAAGGCCAAGAAAGAAGUAGUAGAAGAGGAUGAAGAACUUCCUCCACCUCCUAAGAAGGUUGAUCCAUUUGAAGACUGCCCAAAGAGUGACUUUGACAUGGAUGCAUGGAAGAGAUGCUACUCCAACAACGACACAAACACCGUUGCAUUGCCUUAUUUCUGGGAGAAGUUUGACAGAGAAGGUUACAGCAUCUGGCAUUGCGAGUACUUUCCAUUAUCAUACCUUGCAGACAACAUGGUCUUCCAGACCUGCAAUCUAGUAUCAGGAUUUUACCAGCGUGUAGAUAAGAUGAUGAAGCACGCGUUUGGUGUCAUGCUUAUCUUUGGAGAGGACAAAAGCACCCAAGUACAAGGUGUCUUUUUCUGGAAGGGAAAAUCUCUAAUCUUUGAUAGGAAUCCAGACUGGGCGGUGGACUCCCCCUCAUACAAAUGGACCAAACUAGACCCUGAUGCAGAAGAGACAAAGGAGAUGGUAAAAAAGUUCUUUAACGGGGAAGGAGACUUUGGGGAUCUCACGGUCAACCAGGCGAAGGUCUUUAAGUGAAAGAAAAUCUCUACUAUCCAUACUGCAAAACCAUAUGUGUCAUUUUGUUUCCAUUCAUAGUCUAACCCAGCGGUACCUGUCCAGUCACCCCCCCCCCCUUCACACACCUAAGUAAAAUCCCAUCCAAUCUUGAUAUGGUUUCGAUGCAGUAUGAAAGUAACAUAUAAAGAAUGGUGGUAAACUAACUUAUAAUUCAUAUCCACUCUAUUAUUUUCAAGUGUAAUCUAAUUUAAGACAGUCAAUGACUUUAAGUACUGUUUCUAAUGAGGGUUUUAUUUGUAUUCUUGUAUCAGUGACUUGACAUUAACAAGCCAAUCAUGAUUAUUGCCUUGCAAAUUUUGUGGUCAAACAAUAUUUGUGAGUGUUAUUUUGGUUUAAUAACCAAGUUAUUUCCAUCUGUGCCAGCACAAAACUCAUUUUACCAGCUCAUCUUAUCAUUCAAGGCAUCACAAAUUAUCCUGUCCUUUUCUGAUUAUCAAGGCUCUCAAAUUGGGUUCUAAUUUAACUUCUAUUUCAAAAUGUCCAGAUGUGCUGUGUCAUUUUGAAAAAGAAGAAAAAUUUCUCACAAUGUAGGUCUCCAUGCAAACAUCCGCAAUCCCACGCUUUUGUCCCUUCCUCCACUCCUGAAAAACCAGACUUUUUCUCUCUAUUUCUAUCUCUCACUUCAUAUAUUAGAUUCAAAGACAUGCCAGCAGUUGUGCUUUAUUUUCAGACUGUCAUAGAUCAAUAGAAGUAUAUCAAACUUCCAGAAACCUUAUUCUAUCUCUCCAGUAUGCGAUGGCAGCAGAAGCCUAUUGUAAUUGCCUUCAGUUGAUUUUAUGUUUUCUCUAGAUUAUCCUUUAAGAAAUUACUACUGAAGAUCAGAUUUAAGACCUAUUUAAGUCAGUUGAAAUUGUAAAAUAUACUUUAAAGUGCAGUUCAUAGUAAGUUAUGGAAUGAUGUGUGAGAAUUAUGGGAAAGUAAUCAUCUGUUUUUACAUUAAUUUACUGUGUAUUUAUUUCAUGAAAAUUAUUCAUUUUAUGGAAGGUGUGGAAUGAGAUUCGCCAGUCCCAUACCUGGACCUCCAAGAGGUUAACAAAGUCCCGACAGCCAAGGAAAGAAGAUUUCAAUAAAGUCUUAUUAUUUACAACUA